AUGGCCACACCAGCUGAUUCAAAUGUAAUAUGUUAUAAUCCAAAACCACAUGAAAGUAAAAAUGAUAAUACAAGUAACUUGUUUUCCGUUACAAACCAGACAUUAAUGAUCAAAGAACUUGAAAAAAAAAGUGACAACAUUUCUAAAACCUAUAUAGCAAAUAAAAGCGAAAAUGACUCAAAAUUAAAACCAUUUUUACUAGAACAAAAGUAUAAAGAAAUGAAUAAAGCGAAUAACUCUAAAAAAAAUAACAAGAAUAAUAAUUUGAAUUCCCCUGAGGUGUUGACAAAUUGUUUGAGUCCGGGACUUUUACUCCCCUAUAUGAUGGAAUCCCCAAUUUUAGAAAAAGCUUUAAAACAGUUAAAUACUUCACCCUCGGUAUCGCUACCCAGACCUUCUACCAUAAAUAAUAAAAGCUAUGAAGAAAACAACCAUAUCCCUAUUUUUAAAACCUUGGAGACAAAAAAAAAUGAUAAAAAUUCAACACUGGAAACGUCUAUGGUUUCUCGAAGAAAUUAUAUUUUAAAUGAAAUAAUUUUAACUGAAAUGAAAUAUGUUGUUUUAUUGAAAAUAUUACAAAAGGGGUAUUUAACCAAAUUAGUGACCAAUGCUAAAGGAAACUAUGUACCAUUUAAAUUGUUAAAUUAUCUUCUGAAAGAGUUGUAUAAUAUACACACUCGGCUAUUAAGAAAGAUAGUUGAGAUUUUAGAGGAAUUAAAUAUCAAAUAUGGUUAUAAAACAGCCAAUAUAAGUGAUUCAGAUUCGAUGGAAAUAUGUGCUAAAAUAGCUCAAGUUAUAACAAAUAUGGGUGUUCCCAUUUAUUGGUAUCAAAAAUAUACUGUUAAUUAUGAGUUGGUAUUAUUGUUGUUAAAUAAGGAAGACGAAACAGAGCAUGAAAGUAUACGGGCACAACAAGAAAUACAUGACUGGCUUAAAAACAUUCAAUUUUUCCUCGAAUCAAGCUACAAAGAAUUUAUCCCUCAGCAAGUGUCACCUUGUAUUCCAAAUGGUAUAUUUGGCAAUAAUACACCUUCACUGUCCUCAGCUCAGUCUUCCUUUUUGUCUGAACUUUUGGUAGAAAAGAAUAUCUCUCAAAAUGAAUUAUUAUUAGAAAAAUUCAAUGAGUACUACAGGUUAGAAUUUUCUUUUCUUGAAAAAUUUGAUCAACAUUUCCAAUGCAGUUAUGAGCACGAAGAUUAUUAUGAUAGCCACGAUAUUGCAAGUUCGGUGGAGAAUAGCGUUGAAAAUGCUCGUAAAAAUAACAAUAACGGCAAGAUUGCUAUAAACAUAACAAAUAAAGCAAAAAACAAAAUAGGAAACUCAAAUCUAAAAAUGGAUUUAUCAUUUAGCUCAUUGGUUCAAACACCCAUUUCUAGAAUAUCAAAAUACAAAUUAUUUUUGCAGCAAUUAUUAAUAUUUGCUGAACCUGAUAAAAACCAAAAGGACAUUGAAUCAACAAAUUCAUAUAAAAGAGAAAUUGCAACAUCACUUAAUCAAUUACUAAGUAAAUUAGAAAAAGUUAAUGAUUUAAAAGAUUAUUUUGGCAAUGUGGAUUAUAAUAUGCACACUCCGAGCCCGUUUAAAACAAAUUUUUUGAGGGGGAACUUCAAAAAGUACAAAAACAAUUGGGUCACAAAGAAUAGUCAUGAUACUGAAAUCAAAGGGAAAUUUGAUCCCUUUCAUUAUAAAAAUAAUAAACAAAAUGAAAACAGUACACAGAAUUUUCAGAAAUACUUAUACAGUCGUUUAAAAUAUCCAUCCAAUAGUAAUUUUUCUAAAAUGAACAACUAUCUACCAAUAGAAGCUUUAGGCAGUUGUUAUUUAAGAGGUUCAUGUGUUGGAGUAUGGGUUAAAAAUAAACAAGUUGAGAAAGAAGGUUAUUCUCCUAUUAAAAGUAUCACAAGAAGGAAAAAAAGCUCCUCCUUUUCUAGCAAAAAUACCAGUUUUUUAGACAAUGCCAGCAAGAGGAAAAACGGUGAGGAUGAUGAAAAGUGCGUCAUUACAGGUACAAAAGUGGUUCGCUUAAAGAAAAUAGAAAACACCAAUGCUUUUGGAUGUAGGAAAAGGAGAUCAUGGUUUGGAAUUAAUGAAGAGGGAAGGAACAGUAAUGCUUUUGAUAAUAUUAUUAGGUCAAAAAGUGCUCAAAAUAACAGCAUAAAACAUAAAAUUAUAGAUGAUAGUGUAGAAAACAAUAGAUCAGAAAUAUUCCGUUUAGUUGCAGAACAAUAUUCGAUUUUUGCUUUCAAGUCAACAUUGGUACUUUCUAAAGCCGAUGCUAAUAAUGAAAAAAAUUCUUUAGGAACAUGGCCAAUUAUAUUUAUGAUUCCUUUGUCUGUUUGUAAAUUGAUAAAAUUGAACAAAAAUAAUAACUUCUGUAACACUGACAUCAAUGAUCAAGCGACUUUUAACAUCAAUUCUGGUGACUUAAUGGGGGGAUUGGAUACUAAUUAUAAGUACUCGUUUAAAAUUGUUUUUGAAUACAAGUUUAUGAUUUUUGAAAUAAUUUUGCUCUUUUUAAAUAAAAUUGAAUAUGUAGAGUGGGAGAAUACAUUAGAUUUAUUAAUUACACACGUUAAUGGACCGUAUAAGCUUGGAGGAUAUGAGGCUUCUAUCAUGGAAAGGGAGGCAAAGUCUAAUUUGGAAAAUGCUCAGCAAGCAGGUUUUUUUGAUAAUACUAUAAUACCCGAUACUAUGGCUCCCAUGGAUUUAUCAGUUGAAAAUAUAAGUAACAUCGAAUGUAUCGAUUCUAAAAUUGGGUUGAAUAGACAUUUAAAGAUUUUUCAGCUAUGUUAUUUUCAUAGUUUAUUUCCUUUUAAUGUGAUAUUUAGUGACUGCAAGUGUUUCUCACAUUGGAAUAAAACACAAAUGUGGAUUUCAGGAAAUAAACAUUAUGAUACAACUUGGGCAUUUCAACACAACAUAAGGUAUGAAGAUGAAGAUUUAAAUGAAAAAAAUUUUAACGUUCAAAUUUCAUUACAUGAAAGAAUUAGAAUUGAAAGCAAUUUGCAAGAUGUUUGGAGUAAUAGAUUGCCCAUGUUAUAUCAUGCAAUAGAUACGUGUGAUAGCGAUGAAAAAAUUAAAAAUGAUGUUACUCAUAUAGCUGGUUUUAAAACUAAUACAAAAGGAAUGAACUCGGUGAUUAACCUAAAGAAUGAUUCUAUUCUCUCUGGCAAUAUUAACACUGUUGGUAAGAACAUUAAUGUUCUUCCUGUUGCUUCGCCCAAUUCUUUACAUAACAUUAGAGCAGAAGCUGAUAACGGUACGAUAUUAGAUAAUUUUGAAUUUAGUUUUAAUUUGAUUUCUACCGCUGGUUCCUUACAGGAUGACAAAGAAUCGACACUUGAUUACUUUCCUAACAAUGCAGCCAAUAAAGACAGCGCGCCCAACCUUUUGUUGGAAAAUGAAGAAACUUUAAAGUCCUUAACACCAUCCAAUUCUUUAAAUUUUUUUAGAAAUGAACAUGUAGUUAUUUCCAAAACAAAAUCUUUUACAGAUCUUUUUUCAAAAAACCCCCCUCGUAGUAACCAUAUACAAACAAAUAAAUCUAUGGAAAUCUCUAAAGAUGUGACAUACACUAACAUUAAUUCAAUUGUGAAUAUUAAUAGGGACAACGAUAACACAAAAGACAACUGUGAAAAUGAAGACGAAAUGUAUCCAAAGACGAUUAUGAAAAGAAGUAAAAGUGUGAGUAACUUUUUCAACAAGCCAAACUUCCACCUCCGUACCAUGUCUUUGUCGGCUAAUUAUAAUAGAAGGAAAGAAGGCAGAAAAAUUUCGAAUGUCUCCCAUAUUUCUAAUGUUUUAAACAAUGAGAAUAAUAAGAAAAACACUACGAUUUAUACAGUAAAAAAUAGUAAUUUUACUUCAUUAUCUAGUAAUAAUAAUAACAAUAAUGAAAAUUUGUUACCGGUAUGCCCAUCACCUAAUUUUACGAUUACUUCUUUAGAUGAAUUGAGUGGAAGCCCUAGUAAGGUCCCCAGUAUCUUUAGAAAGGCUUCUCUAUUGAUCAACAAUAUUUUUAAUUCAAAUACGGGUACUACUAUUAACUCUAGUAGCUUCUCUUUCCCACCUCCAUCAAAUAAAAAUGAAAUAGAAAUUAUUUUCAGUAGUGAUGGUGAGAUUGCUUAA